AAUUAUUAAAGAAAAUGAAUUGAUUAAAAAAUAAAUAUCUAUUUUUGUAAAAUGAAUAAUAAUAGCGGGCAUUAGGUAAGAUUAAAUAAAGAGCUGACAGUUCUCGCAAUAAUAGUUCAAAUAAUGAAAACAGAAUAUGCUGAAAGUUUCAGUCAAAUUGCUUCACUCUGGACCAAGAUAUUAGCGAUUUAAUUUUAAGCUAGCCUUAAUCGUCAUUACAAACGUUGGUACAAUAAUAAACAAAGUCUUAAUUAUCCAUUUUUACAUUAAAUUAUCCAUCACAAAAUGUAUUCAAAUCCACUAAAUAUCACAGGCUAACAUUGGCAUCGAGAAUUGAUUAUGGUCUGGAUAAGUUAAUUAAUGUCUAAUUAAUAAUUUAGGUAACAUUUCAGACAUAAAGAAAGACUUGUAAUAGGCAGAUUCAGCUCUUGCAUAAUGCAUAUAUAUUUAAGUAGGUGUUUGUUAAAUAAAUUAAAAUGUUUUGGGUUUUUUUGCAUUGUUAUUUAAAGAAAAUUUCUAUUUUAAUGAAUCAAAUAACAGCACUAUAAUAUCUUAUUUGGCUUUAGAUAUACUGAUCUUUAUAAACCGCAAUAAUCAUUGAUAUUUUUUUUUUUUAUCAAAAUAGUAAAUUGGAAGCUGGACAAAUGUGACCAACAUGUAAUUGUUCAUUUUAAAAAAAUAGCAGGCAGUUUCAGCCAACAAAGUGAAUAAAACAUGUUGAUGUGUUUCACUGUGGAUCCGAAGUAGGCUAGGGUAACUUGCUAAAAAUGUUGCCCUAUUGGAUUUCAUGUGUUUGUGUUUGUUCUAUGAGAAUUCAUUCAUAUUGACAAUGUGAAACAGAAUUGAGUUAUGUAUUAUUAGACUCAGGCAUGUGAGGAAUAUCAUGAUAUAAUUAAACUGUAUGCACAGUGCUUGGUGUAGAUUUGUUUAAAAUCAAUUGUUGUGGUUUGUCAACUAAUAUUCGCUGGGUUGUAGGCUACUACUUGUGGGAUGGAGAGUAUUGAAUUCAGUGCUUUCAAUGUCAAUCAUGUUGCUAACAAAUAGGCCUCUACAUAGGCUUGCGGUUUAAGGGACUUUGAAGGAAAUAUUUCAAAAGAGAUGAUGAAAAAAAAACCUUUGUUUAAACACGAGUUACCUCCCCUGAUUUACAACACUCCGCCUACACCCGAACUUUGUUCUUAUUUAUGAAUUCACGUUUUACUAUGGAAUGCGGUGGUAUAUCAAGUGUAAUAAAGGGUGAAAUGUUAUGCCGUUGCCCCCCCCCCCCAAAAAAAAACCCCUUCAAAAUCAAAACUCCCAACCUUUUUAUCGACCGCUAUCAAGGGAGAUAACCCAAAUGUUUACAUUUAUUAUGAAGACAACAUGGCGGCAGAUGACAGAACUCCUUUAUUGAAACACGAUGAAAAUGAAUUUGACCCAUUUGAAUCGUCACGAAGACAACUUAGGAAACUUAUUUCCAGCGGCAAUGAUAAAACACUUUCUGAAACAAUCAGCAUUAGUGGUAGUACAUCGGUUACAACGUUGACUGAGUUGGAUAACAUUGUUGCUGUUUUUGUAGUUGCUUUCGACAUACGUUCAGGUAAUGUGAUAGAAUGGUGUAUACCAGAAGAUACAGAACUUGAUGGUGUCGAGUUUAAAGCAAUGGCUAGUGGGUCACACACUUUAGACAGAGAUUUUGUAUAUUUCAGAAAAGAUGGUUAUUUUGGUUUAGCUUGUUUUGAAAAUAUGAGGAUUCAGAGUGAAAUCGAAAGAGGGUGUCGAAUGAAGUCUGUUGGUAUUUUAGCUACAUCGUAUACUACUUUAUACAGACAUAUGCAAUUUUUAGAAACACAAGUUAGACAUUUAUUAGAGACACCAGGUAAAUAUACACAGUUAAAGGUAUUUUAUGAAGAUAGAAAGGGUGUUUUACCGGAUGUAUCAGAUGGUUUACGUCCUUCACCUCUAUCAACACCUUCCACGCCUAGUAGAGAUCUUCUUCCAGAAAUGAAAAUUACGCAUCCAGCUGGAUGUUUUUCACAAUUCUUACAGUUUUUUGGUAAUCAGAUAUUUAUAUUAUGGAAGUUUGCAUUAUUACAAAGAAGAAUUUUAUUUUUUUCUCCACCUCCUAUUGGUGUUGUAUGUUAUAGAGUUUAUUGUGCUUGUUGUUUGGGUCAUCAUAAUGUUACUAGUUUAAUGAGUGAAAAUCCACAACCACAUUUCUAUGUAAAUGUAGCCGAUAUUGAAGCAUUAGAGAAUGAAGUAUCUUAUAUAGCAUGUACAACAGAGAAAAUAUUUGAAAGUAAAACACAUCUGUAUGAUGUGUAUGUUGAUAAUCAACUUGUUAAAGUGAAUUCACCAGGUUUAAAAGAGUUAUUAAAAGUCAGUGAUGCAGAUAAAGAUAAAGGUGUACAGUUGAAUAAUCAAAGGGCAGCUCAUAGAUUUGAAAUUGAAGAGUUGGGUGAACAAGAAUUUGAUGACGAGGAUGUUUUUACUAAUUUUUUUGUUGAAUUAAAUGAUAGAAUAUUCCAAACAUUGCUGGAGAUCUCCAAUUCCCAAGAUCGUCAGCUUACCUCUGACCACAUGAAAACAAUGGGAUUAGAUCCACAAGGUGACCGUAGUUUUCUGAUGGAAUUAGUUGAACAUUAUGGUAUAGAUGUAGUAUUAAUGGUGGAUAAUCCAUGCUGUCCAAAAUAAUUUAUAAAGUAUUAAAUAAUUAAAUCUCAACAGUGCAUAUAUUAAUUUAUACAGGAUCUAUGGAAAUGAAAAGAAAUGGGGUUUAACAUCCUACUGUUCUGCUCUGACUGGGCUAAUGAAGACGGUAGGAUCUAUCAAUCUAUGGAAGGUUUCUAUAGACUCUGCAAAUAAUCUCUCUUAAUAAAUGAUAUACAAAUUAUUUAUAACCUAACUUCUAUAUUGUAGGUUGCAAAGAUAUAGUUUUAAGCACUGUAAUUAUAACCUACAAACAAAUAUAGUUUAAAUAUAUUGACUAUACAUUAUAGAUCUUGUACAAACUCUAUUUAUUGAUAUGCUUUAAUAUCUCUUUUUUCUAUUUAAUUGUGCAACUCAAAGAUUUAAGUUUCAAUAUGACCUGUUUGUAAAAAUCACUCAAAUACAUGUAGACACUUUAUAUAGGUUUUUAGCAGGUCAUAUAUAGCUAUAAAAGUUUUUUAUAUACUAAUAAUACUUCCUGUUUAUUUAAACCACAUACAUUUAUUAUUGUACACUUGAUCAGGUAUUUUGUUUAGUUAAAAUAACAGUUGAUAGGAAUUUGAAAUCAUCCUGUAUGGGGAUCAAGUACAGGUUAAUUGUUUCUAUAAUAAUUUUCACAGUGGAAUAUUUAGGGGACACAUCCAAUAACAUGACUUAGUCAUUGAAUUACUGUUUAUUUAAAUAAUUUAAUAACUUUUAUCACACUUAAUUAAAACAUACCAUAAUAGAAAUUACAUGAAAAAAAAAGAAAACAGACAAAAUCCAUUAAUUUAUUUUACAUUUAAAUAUAACACAAUUUAUUUGCCAAUGAAAGGAACCUUUUGGACAUUUGUAUGUAGGUGAUUUCGGAACAAAUACACCUUUUGAUAUUAUUAAUUUUUGUGAUCAAGUAUUUAUAUUUCCAAUAUGACAGUUUAUUAUGUCAUGUAAAUACAUUCUGUUGUACUUAUACUACAGCUUGUUCAAAUGGUGCUUUUAUUAUAAAACUUUCUAUGUACAUUGUUGUUAAUGUGAUAUAUGUAUUUUAUGUAAAUAUAGGUAGUUAUAGUAUUGUUUAUAUUACAUGUAUACAUAAUGUUAUUAACUGCUGUUUGUUAUUAUAUGGUUCCGUUAUUUCUACUGUAUCUAAUGUUAUUUAGAGUAACACUUUAGGACCAUAGACGCUUUUCUUUCUUUAGCUAUACUCCACUGAUGCAAAUCAAAGCAUAUAAUUGAGAUUUUCGAAAAUUGCUGAAGUAAGAGAGGUGCAUAUGACCCUUAGUUGUUAUUGGUCAUAUUAAUUUAAUUAAUUGUUGAAGAGAUGUAUAUAAUAUAAUAGUUUUUAUAUGCUUACAUUUUCAUGUGGACGUAUAUUGUCGUCGUCCCUGUCCGUCCGUCCGUCCACAAUUUGUUUGUGGACACUCUACAGGUCACAAUUUUAUUCGAUUUUGACGAAACUUAAAAUAUAGGUCUUUCUCCCAAAGAUCUCAGUUCCUUUCGAUAUUGGCAUAUAUCGGACCAUAACUUCAUGGAUUAUGGUCCCUGAUUGUACGAAAAGUCACGUUUUUAGCUUGUGGACACUCUAGAGGUCACAAUUUCCAUCUGAUUUUGAUAAAGCUUGAAAUGCAUGUUUAUAACCCAAAAAUCUUGGUUCCUUUCGAUAUAUGUGCAUAUCGGACCUUCACUUCCUGAAUUAUGGCCCCUGAUUGUACGAAAAAUCACAUUUUUAGCUUGUGGUCCCUCUAGAGGUCACAAUUAUUAUCCGAUUUAAAAAAAACAUUCAAAUAUAUCACUGUUAAACUGUAAUGAUGAUUGAGUUCGAAUUUCGUGAAAAUGGGACCAAAACUGCCGGACAAAAUAGCCGCCCCUUGUACGCAAAGAGUGUAAUUUUAUGAUAUAUCAAGGUUGUUUACCUCCUAGAGGUCAUAAUUUUGAUCCGAUUUUGAUGAAACUUGAAAUACAUAUUUGCCCAUAUCGGAACGUAACUUCCUGAAUUAUGGCCAUUUAUUGUUCAAAAAAUCACGUUUUUAGUUUGUGUUCCCUCUAGAGGUAACAAUUUUUAUCUGAUUUAAAAAGACGUUCAAAUAUAUUCAAAUAUAUCACCGUUACACCCAAAUGAUGGUUGUGUUCGAAUUUUGUGAGAAUCCGACCAAAACUGCUGGACAAAAUGGCCACUCCUCGUACCCAAAUAGUGUCUAAAGGAUACAAUUUUAAUCCGAUUUUGAUGAAACUUGAAAUACAUGUUUAUAGAGGUCACAAUUUUUAUUUGAUUUGAGAAAACUUUUGAAUAUAUCACUGUUACACCAUAAUGAUGGUUGAGUUAGAUGGGACCAAAUGAAAAUGGGACCAAAACUGUCAGACAAAAUGGCCGCCCCUUGUACGCAAAUAGUGUAAAUACAUGGUAUACCAAGGUUGUGGACCGAUCUAGAAGUCACAGUUUUGAUCUUGGUUCCUGUUGAUAUUUGCACAUAUUGGAUUGUAACUUCCUGAAUUAUGGCCCUUGAUUAUUUAGCUUGUUCUCUAUCCAUCUCUUGCAAAAUGUGGGCGUAUCUUGCCUGGCAGCUGCUGGUUAAAGAUACCUUCCCAUGCAAAAUGUGGGCGUAUCUUGCCUAGCAGCUGCUGGUUAAAGAUACCUUCCCAUGCACAAGCUAUGUGAUUUGAUGAUACAUUUGGACUAAAAACAUAUUCAUUUGUCUAUGAAGAUUUUGCAUCAAAUCCCUCUCAGACAUUUUAAUAGCUAAAAAGUACCCCAAAUCUACUUUAAGCAGCCUUGUUUAUCAUGUGAAUUGAUUGAUGAAGAACACAAUUCAGCUUGUAUUUGUUGUCACUCGCUCUCCAAUUACCAUAAUUUCGAAGCCGAAGUAAAUAUUUGGAUUAACUCCGGCCAAACUUCUUUUUCCGCCGUUUAAUCACAGGGUAUGUCCUAGGUUUAAAUCUCUCACUGAUCUGACAAUUGCUAACCAGUUGAUCAAGAAAUACCAAAUGCUCUCUACAUCAGCCGAGUAGAUAACAAGCCGAUAACUUGCCAGUUUGUGAUACCCUUACAUUUUUGCCUGGUGCACGCCCCAUGGGAGUUUUCAAGGAAUCCAGUAUUUUUCUAGUAAGAUUGGAUGUCUAUGCUUUACAUACCAAAUAAUUUGCCAUACUUUUAUGGGAAAUAACUACCAUUCUCUAUCAAUACUUUUGUUGGAAUGUAUCUUUUAAAGUAGAAUUUCAUUCACAUGUUUUAUAUAACAUCUCAUUUAAAACAAUUGUUUUUUAAUGACAGUAGAAUGUCAUUGUGUGUCAAGAAGAUACGAUCAAGUUUGUGUGUCAAGAAGAUAUGAUCAACCCAAGUCUUAGUCUAAAGAGUGAUGUUACCUAGAAAGAAUUUUACCUGAUAGUCAUAUCAUGUGUCUGUUUUAGUACUAUAAGCAUAAUUUUUGUAUUUUUCUUGUCCAAGGGUGAUGCCAAAGCUGCUUUUAGAGACAAGAAGUCUUUCUGAUAUUAUUUGAAUAAAUCCGAAUAAAAACCACUGAAGCAACAUACCCACCUAGAAAAGUAGUAGUGGUAGUAUUCCUGCUCUGACAUCAUUCAGCAAAUGACAUCUUAUAUGACUGACAGUGUCAAUGUAUUAAUACAUGUUGCUAUCCCAAGAAAUAAUCCAUACCUGCAACUAGCUUAAAAAGUCGUAAAAUCUUAAACCCCUCUAAAAUAAAUAUUAAUUUCCAAGCACACUUGAAUAGGUUUAAAGGCGUGUGAUGUUAUGUUUUCUUAUAUUUACACACACACACCCAUAAAUGUAUAGAAAUAUAAAAUUUACUUAUGUUUGUGGCAAUGUGCAAUAAAAUUUAUUGAUAGAAUAUGAAUUAACUCACUCAGACACUUGCUGAUUUGAGAUGAAAGAGUGUGGGUUUGACAAAUCUGAUAAUAAUAAAGAUGAAAAUUAUA